CAGUUCUACAAAUUAAAUGCCAAUAUUCAUACAUUUCAUUUAGUGGCGCUUAAUUGGAACACAGAGGCUAAUAUUGAAAACAAUUAAUUACUGUUUAGUGUAUUAAUUCAGUGAUUUUUUUUAAAUAUCUUUGUUAAAGUUUUAAAAUAAAAAUAUACGUACAUACAUACAUAAAAAAACUAUAUUCAAAAAUGACAAUUACUUUAAGAAAAUAUUCAUUAUUAUUGAUUUUUCAAAACGCCUUUCUUCUUGCUGAUUUGUUUAUUAAUAGUUCUUUCUAUUUAGCUUGUGUUAAUAGAUCUGCAAUGAUUUUAAUGUUUUUGAUUCAAGAUCUAUUUAUCAUAUUUUCUUAUGUUUUAUUCGGAUUCAAUAUCUACUCAACAUGUGUUUUUCAGGCUGGAGUUGCAAAUAUCCUUUGCAAAAAGUUUCGUAUGCCACUAGCCACUAUAACGUUCUACUUUAUCCUUUCUGUCGCUCAGCACUUUUGGAUUCUUGUGAGCCAACAGAAAAAUGUGAUUUUAGAUCAGUGGCCAACAGGAUUAACUGCGUUAAUCAUUUUAUAGCGUUUAUUUGCUCCAGUUUAUUACUAUCUAUUGAAGAGAACAGCACUAAGGAUGAGUGAUCCCCGAUUUCAUGAAAAUAUGGAAUGGAUUGCAGAACAGUUAUCAAUUGAAAGUAAAUCAUAUUAGGUCGGCAUACACAAAAGUUGUAUUUUUACCUUUUUAAAUUUUAAAUAAAUCUUUUUUUGCUUCACAAAUUUUAA